CAGAGAUCAGGAGCAGGCCGGCACCAUCAUCUCCCACAUCAAGACCUCACGAAGCCUCCACAUCAUGUGCCACAUCCCAGUCUUCUGCUGGAUCUCUGCUUCUGUUCUGGAGGACAUGUUGAAAACUGAGGGAGGAGAGCUGCCCAAGACCCUGACUGAGAUGUACAUCCACUUCCUGGUGAUUCUGUCCAAAGUGAACGUCAAGUAUGAUGGAGGAGCUGAGACAGAUCCACACAGGAGUCCAGAGAGCAGGAUGAAGAUGAUGGAGUCUCUGGGGAAACUGGCUUUUGAGCAGCUGCAGAAAGGCAAACUGAUCUUCUAUAAGUCCAACCUGAGAGAGUGUGGCAUCGAUAUCAGAGCAGCCUCAGUGUACUCAGGAGUGUUCACACAGGUCUUUAAAGAGGUGAGAGGAACGUACAAGGACAAGGUGUUCUGCUUCGUCCAUCUGAGCGUUCAGGAGUUUCUGGCUGCUCUUCAUGUCCAUCUGACCUUCAUCAACUCUGGAGUCAACCUGAUGGCCCCCUGGUGGUCUAAAGUCUUCAGACGAAAACCUAAACAUCUCUACCAGAGUGCUGUGCACAAGGCCUUACAGAGUCCAAACGGACACCUGGACUUGUUCCUCCGCUACCUCCUGGGUCUUUCACUGGAGACAAAUCAGACCUUAUUACAGGACCUGCUGACACAGACAGGAAGUAGCUCACAGACCAACCAGAAAACAGUGAAAUAUAUCAAGAAAAAGAUAAGAAAAAACCCGUCUCCGGAGAAAAGCAUCAACCUGUUCCACUGUCUGAAUGAACUGAAUGAUCGUUCUCUAGUGGAGGAGAUCCAACAGUACCUGAGAUCAGGAAGUCUCUCCACAGAGGAUCUGUCUCUUGCUCAGUGGUCGGCUCUGGUCUUCAUCUUACUGUCAUCAAAAGAAGAUCUGGAAGAGUUUGACCUGAAGAAAUACUCUGCUUCAGAGGGGGCUCUUCUGAGGCUGCUGCCAGUGGUCAAAGCCUCCAGGAAAGCUCUGCUGAGUGGCUGCAACCUGUCAGAGAGAAGCUGUGCAGCUCUGUCCUCAGUCCUCAGCUCCCAGUCCUCUAGUCUGAGAGAUCUGGACCUGAGUGACAACGACCUGAAGGAUUCAGGAGUGAAGAAGCUGUCUGCUGGACUGCAGAGUCCACACUGUGAACUGGAGACUCUCAGGUUAACUGGCUGCAACCUGUCAGAGAGAAGCUGUGAAGCUCUGUCCUCAGUCCUCAGCUCCCAGUCCUCUAGUCUGAGAGAGCUGGACCUGAGUAACAACUACCUGCCGGAUUCAGGAGUGAAGCUGCUAUCUGCUGGACUGGAGAGUCCACACUGUGAACUGAAAACUCUCAGGUUAACUGGCUGCAACCUGUCAGAGAGAAGCUGUGAAGCUCUGUCCUCAGUCCUCAGCUCCCAGUCCUCUAGUCUGAGAGAGCUGGACCUGAGUAACAACGACCUGCUGGAUUCAGGAAUGAAGCUGGUAUCUGCUGGACUGGAGAGUCCACACUGUGAACUGGAGACUCUCAGGUUAACUGGCUGCAACCUGUCAGAGAGAAGCUGUGAAGCUCUGUCCUCAGUCCUCAGCUCCCAGUCCUCUAGUCUGAGAGAGCUGGACCUGAGUAACAACAACCUGCUGGAUUCAGGAGUGAAGCUGGUAUCUGCUGGACUGGAGAGUCCACACUGUGAACUGAAGACUCUCAGGUUAACUGGCUGCAACCUGUCAGAGAGAAGCUGUGCAGCUCUGUCCUCAGUCCUCAGCUCCCAGUCCUCUAGUCUGAGAGAGCUGGAUCUGAGUAACAACGACCUGAAGGAUUCAGGAGUGAAGCUGCUGUCUGCUGGACUGGAGAGUCCACACUGUGAACUGGAGACUCUCAGACUGUCAGGCUGUCUGGUCACAGAGGAAGGCUGUGUUUCUCUGGCUUCAGCUCUGAGAUCCAACCCCUCCCAUCUGAGAGAGCUGGACCUGAGCUACAAUCAUCCAGGAGACUCAGGAGAGAAGCGGCUUUCUGCUGGACUGGAGGAUCCACUCUGGAAACUGGACACUCUCAGGCUGGACCAUGGUGGAGAGCAGUGGUUAAAACCAGGUGGGAGGAAGUAUUCCUGUGAACUCACCCUGGACUCAAACACAGCACACAGAAACCUCAUACUGUCUGAGAACAACAGGAAGGUGACAUACGUGAGAGAGGAGAGGCAGCCAUAUCCUGAUCAUCCAGAGAGGUUUGACUCCUGGCCUCAGCUGAUGUGCAGAGAAGCUCUGACUGGUCGCUGUUACUGGGAGGUCGAUUGGAGAGGAAGGGUUCUUAUAUCAGUGACUUACAGAGGAAUCAGCAGGAAAGGAGGCGGUGGGGACUGUGAGUUUGGAUAUAAUGAUCAGUCCUGGAGUCUGAUCUGCUCUGAUGAUGGUGGUUACUAUGUCAGGCACAAUAAGAGAAGAACACCCAUCUCCUCCUCCUCCUCCUCCUCCUCCUCUGGUAGAGUAGCAGUGUAUCUGGAUCAUCCUGCUGGCUCUCUCUCCUUCUACAGAGUCUCCUCUGACACACUGACCCACCUCCACACCUUCAGAGCCACAUUCACUGAACCUCUCUACGCUGGGUUUGGGUUCGUGCUCUGGUCAUAUGACUCCUCAGUGUCUCUGUGUCCUCUGUAGGAGGAGACCACUUCCUGUCCUGGGGUUUAAAUGUCAACCUGUUGGUGAAACAUGAACUGGGGAAUCCUUCUUGAUUCAAUGUUUGUUAGAAAGGGUUAGCAUGACAGAGAUAAAGUAUUAUCAUUUACACGUGAAGUAUCACAAGUACACAUUACAACAAGUACAGGAAUGCAGGGUAUAUUGUAUGAUUGUGUAUCUGUGAAGUAUUUUAAAAGAAACCUCCUUAUUGUAAGGUUUCAGCGUUAGAAUCCUUCUAGUUUAUUGUCUUGUGUUCAUAUCUUGUGACAUUUCAUUUUAUUUUGGUAAAUGACUACCCUCUCGUUUCAGGUGUCGACACUUCCUGUCCUUGUGUGUCACCUGCCAGACUGAUUGUUGUUUCCUGCUCCUGAUUGUUUCCACCUGUGCCCCAUUACCUAAUGUGUGUGUGUGUAUAUAUAGCCCUUCUCUCCUUUUGUCUUUUGUCAGUUCGUCUUGUCUCCACGUCGAGUCCAUGUCUGUAACAUUAGUAAUCUGUUGAACAACCUAGUAGAACCUAGAGAUAUUGUGAGAAUCUUAGUAGAACCUAGUGAUCUUUUGUUUGU